CUCGCGCCCCGACUCCGCUCCCGACUCCGGCGCGCUCCCUGCGCCGCGCGCGCUCCCGCUCCGGCUCGUGCCCGCGCCUGGAGGGAGCCGCUCGCUUCAGCCGCGAGAGCCGAGCCGCCCGCAUCCUCCGCCGCAGCCCAGGCAUUACAAUGAACUGUAAAAGGUAUUUCGUCAGAGUGCUGCACCGUCUCCAGAAGGGGCCGGGGUACACGUACAAAGAGCUGCUGGUCUGGUACUGCGAUAACACCAACACGCAUGGACCCAAGCGCAUCAUCCGAGAGGGGCCAAAGAAAAAAGUCAUCUGGUUUUUCCUGACUCUGCUCUUCGCAUCUCUCGUCUUCUGGCAAUGGGGGAUCCUCAUCGACACAUACCUCUCCUACAGUGUCAGUUCCUCUCUCUCUAUAGGGUUUAAGACCAUGAACUUCCCAGCAGUCACAGUCUGCAAUGCCAGCCCCUACAAAUACUCCAAGGUGAGGCAUCUAUUGAAAGAGUUGGAUGAGCUCACUGAGGCAGCCCUGGAAAGGAUCCUGCAGUCCAAGCACGGGGACGCAAUCUCAGCUCCCCCACUAAACUCCAGUGAGACUGUUUCUCAGAGGUUAGACCUGAAGCUCUGGAACCAAAUCCCCUUGGUUCUGAUUGAUGAAAGUGACCCAGACCAUCCCGUCAUUAUCGAUCUCUUUGAGACCAACCAAAGUGGCUCAGGAACCCAACCCAACAAUUCCUCUCCUGCCCUGUCCAACGUGACGUCAGAAGCGAAGAAACACAAAGUGGCAGUGAAGCUAUGCCACCACACGGACACUCCCCAGUGCAUCUACUGGAACUUCACCAGCGCAGCCCAAGCGGUGACAGAAUGGUACAUUCUACAGUCCACUAGCAUCCUCGCCAAAGUCCCGCUGCAAGAGAGGAUCAGGAUGGGCUACCAGCCAGAGGACAUGAUCCUAGCAUGUCUGUACGGGGCAGAGCCCUGCAGCUACAGAAAUUUCACCCAGAUCUAUCAUCCUGACCAUGGCAACUGCUACAUCUUUAACUGGGGAAUGGAUGAGGAAGCCCUGAUUUCUUCCAACCCGGGAGCAGAGUUUGGGCUGAAGUUAAUUCUGGACAUCAGCCAACAAGACUACAUUCCCUACCUCACAUCUACUGCUGGGGCCAGGCUUAUGCUGCAUGAGCAGAAGAGUUUCCCGUUUCUUAAAGACCAGGGCAUCUAUGCCAUGUCUGGGACAGAAACCUCUAUCGGCGUAUUAGUGGAUGAACUUGAGCGGAUGGGUUAUCCCUACAGCGACUGCACUAUGAAUGGGUCAGAUGUCCCUGUAAAAAAUCUUUAUAACGAAUAUAACACCUCCUACUCCAUACAGGCUUGUCUGCGCUCCUGUUUCCAAGCUCAGAUGUUUGAAAAUUGUGGGUGUGGCCACUAUCUGUUUCCUUUACCUGAAGGGGUAAAUUAUUGCAACAAUGAAGAUGAUCCAGACUGGGCAUAUUGCUAUUCUUCACUGAGAUCAAGUAUAAGACACAGGCAGUUUUGUAUUGACUCUUGUAAGGAAACGUGCAACGACACUCAGUACAAGAUGACCAUAUCGAUGGCAGACUGGCCGUCUGAGGCUUCCGAGGACUGGAUUUUCCAUAUUUUGUCCUAUGAAAGAGAUCUGUCAACAAAUGUGACUCUGGACAGAAAUGGGAUCAUCAAGCUAAAUAUUUACUUCCAAGAGUAUAACUACAGAACCAUCUCGGAAUCUGCGGCUACAACCAUUGUGUGGCUCCUGUCAAGCUUGGGCGGCCAGUUUGGGUUCUGGAUGGGGGGCUCGGUGCUGUGCCUCAUUGAAUUUGGAGAAAUCAUCAUUGACUUUCUAUGGAUCACCAUAAUUAACAUCAUCAGCUGGUGCAAAGGCCUGAAGCAGAAACGAGCCCGGGCCCAGUACCCAGACACACCUCCGACAGUGUCAGAGCUGGUGGAGGCACACACCAAUCUUGGGUUCCAACAUGAGGACACCAACAUCACCCCCCGUGAUGAAGUUCCUCCCCCUGGAGCACUCCCACCAGAGCCAGGCACCCCACCACCCAACUAUGACUCCCUGCGUGUAGACCCACGGGCUGGCAUUGACUCGGACAGCGAUGCAGAGGCCAGUUAAGAAGCACAGAAUAUUGCACUGCACUUGGCCACCUGACCCUUGUAACUGACUCUGCACCAUGCUCUGCUCGUUAGGAGAGCUGCAGAGGCUAAAAAAGCCACAAAGCUCAUUUUAAAGAAAUUCCACCCAUAAAGCAUGGGGGGGCAUUGACUUUACUGUAUAACAUGUGCGUAAUUCAAUACUGCAAUCUAUUCCAUUCUAAGACACACUACUGAUUUUUUUUCUGCAAGUUCCUCCCCCACGCACACUUGUAUCUAGAAAGUGCUUAUUUGCAUGCUGUUUCUGUGAUCAAUAGCUUCUCAUAGAAUGACUGUGAUAAACGAAUCGUGCUACUAGGUAUACGAGUAUGAUACCAGAAUAAAGGCUGUCGCAAUGACAACAGGAAAUUUAUUAUAUGAGAGGAAAGUCACAAAGGAAAGACUGAGGCUGGCUUGCAGUAGGAAGAGAUUGGGACGUCCAUGGCAUGAAAGUCUGACGGGCUUUGCUCUACGGGGUAGAGCUUUAGAAACUGAAAAGUACAAACUAGAGUCUGUUCUAUACUAGUCUGUUUCUGCACAGCUAGCCUGCAAGUAACAGAACUGAAGUGACCCUCCCUUUUUAUCUUUUUCUAAGGUCUUCUCAACUCUCAAUAUUUCUGCCUCCAAUUAACCAGCAGUAUAAACAGUGACCUACUCCAGAUACAAGUUGUGUUGGCUGCUUGCUGGAGCCCGUAUGCUUUUUGUUUGCACUCCUAUGCUCACUGCUCUGAUUUUUUGUAAUUAGUUUCCUGCAGAUGGGCACAUUUGUUAAUAUAUGUUAGAGGUAAACAGUUCAGAUUCCAAUAAAGAUACAAGCACGUCUACCAUGGGUGGAGUGACAGGUCACCUAACAGUAUCAUUCUUGGCAAAAACCACCAGCUAUCAUUGCUGAGUUUCCUGGUGGCA